CCCAGUAAACGACACGAAUAUGAAAACUACUUGAAAUCAGUCAAGAAAAGGUUUUGUUUGCUUUCAAUCCAUCAAUGGAUGAGCUUCCCCGAGGAUUUUUGUGUGGUUCCUUGGUUUCCACGAUCACUCCUACUCUCUGUCUGUCUCCAUCUCUUCUUCCCUUUUCAAAUUGCCCUAGUUAAGCCUCCUUGAUUUACCCUCUGCUUAGCUUUUCCUCACCGACGUCUCCCAUGGCGUCUAUCUCCAGAUUUAUUGCCGGAGGAGAUUGCAGACUUAGGCCCCGUGAUGCUGUUUACAGGCCGAGCUCUCGCGUGUCCACGAGAAAUCUGGAGACCUGUUUGUGUCGAAGUGGUGCAAUUGGCGCGCCUACGAAUGGAAACGGUUGUCUGGCAAUCCGCGGUGGAUCAAGGAGUCCUGUUGUUGCUCUCUCAGCCCGUGGCGCAAUGCUUGAGCUUUCGAGAAAUUCUCAAGUUGUAUGCAAGGCAGCAACAAAUGUAUCUGGAGAUGUUCCAGAUAGCUUCCCUAGUGGAAUGAGCCAAUACGAGAGAAUAAUUGAAACACUGACGUCUCUUUUCCCUGUUUGGGUCAUAUUGGGUACUGUCAUUGGCAUCUAUAAACCCGCUGCGGUAACUUGGUUACAAACAGACCUUUUCACUGUUGGGUUGGGUUUCCUAAUGCUUUCAAUGGGAUUGACAUUGACUUUUGAGGAUUUUAGACGAUGCCUUCGCAACCCAUGGACUGUGGGUGUAGGAUUUCUUGCUCAAUAUUUGAUAAAACCCAUGUUAGGUUUCAUUAUUGCAAUGACUUUGAAACUCUCUGCACCUCUUGCAACUGGUCUUAUUUUGGUUUCUUGCUGCCCUGGAGGCCAGGCAUCAAAUGUUGCUACAUAUAUUUCAAAGGGAAAUGUAGCACUCUCAGUUCUUAUGACAACGUGUUCAACUAUUGGGGCUAUAGUUAUGACACCACUUCUCACUAAGCUUCUUGCUGGCCAGCUUGUUCCAGUUGAUGCAGCAGGCCUGGCCAUCAGUACUUUUCAGGUUGUUCUAGUGCCAACAGUUUUAGGAGUGUUGUCAAAUGAAUACUUCCCCAAGUUUACUUCAAAGAUAGUCACUGUUACCCCUUUAAUUGGAGUUAUACUCACCACUCUACUUUGUGCAAGCCCAAUUGGACAAGUUUCAGAUGUCCUGAAAGCCCAGGGAACACGGCUAUUAUUCCCGGUAGCGCUCCUACAUGCUGCAGCAUUUGCUCUGGGUUACUUUAUCUCAAAAUUAUCAUUUGGCGAAUCAACUUCCCGUACAAUUUCCAUUGAAUGUGGAAUGCAGAGCUCUGCACUUGGAUUUUUACUUGCCCAAAGACAUUUCACCAACCCUUUAGUUGCAGUCCCUUCUGCUGUAAGCGUAGUUUGCAUGGCGCUUGGUGGAAGUGCUCUUGCUGUCUAUUGGAGGAACAGGCCAAUUCCCAUUGAUGACAAGGAUGACUUCAAGGAGUGAAAAAGUCUCAGCCUUUCUCCACUGUUAGUAUCAUUUUCUGUAAUUGUGGAAGCGCUUUUGUAGUCUCCCCUAGCUGUGAUUGUGGAAGCAAAUAAUAUGCCCAAGCUUCAACUUUUGGUUUCCAGUUGUAGUUUAGAUGGUUGGUUAAUCAAGUUUGAGCCAUUUUUAGCAUUGAGAAUUUAAUGGGAGAAUUAGGAGGUGUCAGUUUUAUGUGCUUGUUUCAGAUUUUUGUGUUCUGAGUUUUCAUUUUCGGUUGGGCUUCUUCUUGUCGAACUCGAAAAUCUGUAAACAACACGAAACAUCGUUUGCCUUUUCCUUUUUCCGUAGUU